CAGCGACGGACGUACCGCAUACCGUACUCCGUGCACCGUACUCCGUACUCGUGCUCACAAUACUCCGUAGGCGUACUCCGUACAUCGUAUUCCGUAUUCCGUUGUCAGCGUCAUCAGCUGCAGUUUCACGUACGCAGCCCGGCCGUGCAAGUGUGUCCGUAUAUCCGUAGGGCCAUCUCUUUCGCUCACCCCCCUUUACGAAGGGAAGUCAGUGCGUGUCCGUAAUUGGCAGGUCUCAUUCCGCAGAACGCAGGGCGACGAACGUAGCCCGUAGCCAUAGCCCGUUAACCGUAACCAGUAACCCGGAGACGUGCCAAGUGUCGGAGAUAAAUUAACUGGACGCGAACGCGCCUCAUUUGAAUGCCAAUCGAUUGACGGCUAGUUUGCCGAUCCCGAUCCGUAUUGCGUGACCCGUACAUCGCUGGCAGGAUUGCAGGAUAACUAAAGACACGUACCACACGUGCGUGUGUGAUUACGUUUAUGUGACGCGGAAAACAAAAGUAUGCGGCCUUCAAAUCGAAUGCCACGCCCCCUCGAAUCCGUGCCCCAAGCCAAGUGCAAUAACAAGUGAUAGAGUGCCAGAAAGUAGUUGAAAACUUCCUGAGAUCAUCAGGCUUCCAAUAAGAAAAAAAGGCUUAGCCCCCAGCAUUGCUAUGUUGCCGUACCAGGCAGCCGUGGCCAUGGACUACGCCGGAUACCAGAGACAGCCCACGCCCGGACAUCCCGGAAGCCACAUGGCCACCAUGGGAUCUCUGGGCAUGCCCGCGGUGCCCUUCACCCACAGCUGGAUGGUGCCCACGCAGGACCUUUGCGCCAUGCCACCCUACAACAAAAUGACCGGACACCAGCAGCCGCCAGGUGCCGGAAUGCACGCCCAGCAACAGCCCCUCGAGCCCGGCAUCCUGGAGCUGCGCAAGGAGAAGUCGAGGGACGCGGCGAGAUCGCGGCGCGGAAAGGAGAACUACGAGUUCUACGAGCUAGCCAAGAUGCUCCCUCUGCCGGCAGCCAUCACCAGCCAGCUGGACAAGGCCUCGAUCAUAAGACUGACCAUCAGCUACCUGAAGCUGAGGGAUUUCUCCGGACACGGCGAUCCGCCAUGGACUCGGGAAGCCUCUAGCAGCAGUAAGCUAAAAAGUGCCGCCAUUCGUCGCAGCCCCGCUGUUGAUUUGUUCGAGCAACAUCAGGGCACCCACAUAUUACAGUCGCUGGAUGGUUUCGCCCUAGCUGUGGCGGCAGACGGACGCUUCCUGUAUAUUUCCGAGACGGUGUCCAUCUAUUUGGGCCUGUCGCAGGUGGAGAUGACGGGUAGCAGCAUCUUCGACUAUAUCCACCAGGCGGAUCACUCGGAGAUCGCCGACCAGCUGGGCCUGAGCCUAACAAGCGGCGGCGGCGGUGGCGGUGGAAGCUCGAGCAGCGGCGGAGGAGGAGGCGGAGCGGGAGGUGGUAUGGCCUCACCCACUUCCGGAGCCUCCGACGAUGGAAGCGGCACACACGGUACGAACAAUCCCGACGUUGCGGCCUCCAUGACCCAAGCUUCGACCAGCGGCUACAAGGGAUACGAUCGAAGCUUCUGUGUCCGUAUGAAGUCCACGCUGACCAAGCGCGGCUGUCACUUCAAAUCCUCAGGCUAUCGGGCCAGCGAUGCAACGAGCAAUUGCAACAACGGUAACAAUGCUAGUAACAAUGCUAAAAACGUUAAGAAUCCGGGCUCAAACUAUUCGGUGGUUCUGCUGUUGUGCAAGCUGCGUCCCCAGUACACAUUUUCCCACAGUCGCAAAUCGCAGCCUCCACUCCUCGGAAUGGUUGCCCUGGCCAUCGCACUGCCUCCGCCAUCGGUGCACGAGAUCCGGCUGGAGUGCGACAUGUUCGUCACCAGGGUGAACUUUGACCUGCGAGUAGCCCACUGCGAGCCAAGGGUAUCCGAUCUGCUGGACUAUUCCCCGGAGGACCUGGUUAACAAGAGCUUGUACUCACUGUGUCACGCCGAGGAUGCCAAUCGCCUGCGCAAGAGCCACUCAGACCUGAUCGAGAAGGGUCAGGUGUUGACCGGAUACUACCGACUAAUGAACAAGAGUGGAGGCUACACUUGGCUCCAGACCUGUGCCACUGUCGUCUGCAGCACAAAGAACGCCGAUGAGCAGAACAUCAUCUGCGUGAACUAUGUGAUCAGCAACCGGGAGAACGAGAACAUGAUACUGGAUUGCUGCCAACUGGAACCCAGUCCGGAUAGCAUUAAGCACGAGGAGGGACUGGGUAACGACAAAAGCAGCGGGUCGCCAGGAGGAGAUGCCAGUGGCGAAGGCAACUCUCACCUGAGUGCCGGAGACAUGAAGCUUAACUCACCGAAAACCGAUUCAGAGGGCCAUUCCCACCGCGGCAGGGGUCGCAGUGCAGCCGCCUCGCAUGGAAGUUCAAUGAACAGCCUCACCAUGAUCAAGGAUAGCCCCACUCCGCUGGGUGUGGAGAUCGAUUCGGGAGUGCUGCCCACCACAGUGGCCACUCCAGUGCCGGCAGCCACUCCACCAGUGCAGUCCACCAAGCGAAAGCGAAAAACCAAAGCGUCGCAGCACGCGGAGGACCAGGGUCAAGAGCAGGUAAUCUCCGAGCAGCCUCUGCCCAAACUACCGACAAUGGAGCAACGCGAUCAGCAGCCCCGCAGCCGCUUACCCUCGAUUGUGGAUGAGCAGCCCUCGUCCGCGGCCGACUCCGCGGUCAAGGAUCUGGAGCAGGCCAUGUCCAAGCAUCUGCCCUCGCCAGCGGCGGUGGUGUCCGUGGCCCCGCCCAAUACGGAUUUCAGUGCCGACUCUCUGCUUAAGCAGCAGCAACAACAACAGCAGCUGGAUCCCAACGAGAAAAGCAGCACCAUUCAAUGGAUAGGCACUCCCUACCAACAGCCACCGGCGCCCAUGCCAGCUACCGCCCUUCUCCGGCAGUUAUACGCCAACCGGGAGAGCGUGAUCCGGGCGACGGCUAGGCAAACACCAACUGGAGUGGGCCCCGGAGUUUUCUACGGCGAUCAGCAAACAGGUCCGCUGCCCACUCCGCCGGGCAGUGAGUCGUCCUACGAGAACCAAUACCUGCAGCUGCACUCUGCCGCUUCCGGUGGACAUCCUGGCGGCCAGAAGACCUCCGCUGAUGCCUUCACCAAUCUGGUGUCAACCUACGGCGGCUAUCACAGCUCCAUUGACUAUCACAACGCCAUGACCCCGCCCAGUUCAGUGUCUCCCAGGGACUCGAAUCAACCGGGUAAGGCGGCUCCAGUCCUGGCCUCCAACGGGGGAUACGACUAUGCCCCCGAUCCACUCCGAGGGCAGUACGCCACUUCAUCCGGAGACGUGGUGCCCGCCACGCUGCCUCUGAAGCCCCAGGCAUCCUAUACAGCAACAAUGCAUCCUUCGGGCAGCACAACCACCGAGGGUGGAGUUACCUACAGUAAUCUCGACCAGCCGCAGUACUUCGCUCCGCAUUCGAGUUUCCACCUUUACCACAAGGGCAGCCCGGCCAGCGGCUGGUACUCCACGCCCUCCUAGGUGGUAGACGACCAGGGGCAGGUCCCGCCAUCCUGUCAGGACCAGUACCACCACCACCACCACCACCACCAUCAUCAAGACGGAUCAGCGGGAUCCAGUGCAAGCCAGGCGAGCGAGCGAUGGGACUUUGUGGGUGCGCUGGGCAAGGUGGCCAGGAUGUUUUUUAGCGCCAGAAAGGGUAAUCCGGGAUAGAGGGGCCAUGUCUUAGGGGACUGAAGGAUGUUUUGAAAACCACUAAAAGAUUUUAAUGGAAUCAUAAUUUGAGAACCUAAUGGGUAAAUCAAAUUUUUUGAUAAUUUCCUCCUCCAGACCCUAUAAUGAACAUUCCCUGUCAGCAAUCCGUAAAAGUUAGACUAGACUUAGGCCAAACUAAAGCGUUAAAGGAAACAUUCAAUGUUGUUAAAUAAUUCUUAAGUAUGUAAAUUAUGAAACACACUCUGAGACCCAAUGAAAUUAUAGGAAAAAUACUCAAGACGCAAUGAAUUAAAACGAAAAGUAACAAAUUGUAAGGCUAAUCUUAAUUAAAGUUAAUGAUAAAGUAAGACUUGCAUAGAGUGCCAAGGAAUAGGAAACCGAACAAAUGCGCUAAAUAGAGAGCGAAUCAAAACGGAAACACGGCUUAAUCUAAACCCCCGCCCAACCAAUUGUUAUUAAUUAUUUAAAUCAAUUGUAAUUUUACCAACACAUAAAAACGCAUAUAUAUAAGAUAAGCUCAAUAUGAUAUGUAAACAUUAAUAUAUAUUUAAACAUUUUUACAACAUAUCAAAUGCUUCCUCCUUUAGGCUUAGGAUUACCUUUAAACGACACUCGCUCUAGGAUAUUGAUUACGAUUCGAUUCCCGGAAAAUCGACUCGAUUAUUACCUCUAAGAGUUCAGCUAACGUUUGUCUAUUUCCGUUUCCUCCCUAUUGUAUAUUUAAUGAAACCUUCUAAUAAAAUCUAGUUAAAAAUACAUCAACAACAAAAUGCCAAGGCAAGAAAAGCUAAAAAGUGUAAUUAAAUUUUGUAUAAACGCAAAGAAAGUUUCUCCCAUUAAAGGCUUAAAAUAUUAAAAAUGGU